AUGUCUUCCAUAUCACUACACGAAUUGACAAUCUCGACCUUCCAGAAGGGACUCGAGACAUAUGCUCAUAUUCUCGCCAAAACACAGCAGUACGCCCAGGAGAAGGGCAUCGACGUCAAUAGCUUCGUCGGUGCGCGGCUUAUUGAAGAUCAACUGCCCUUUUCUUUCCAGGUUCAAAAUGCGACCAAGGCUGUUCAGCUGAACCUUGGUCGUCUCAGCGGCGUCGAGCCAGUCCUGUUUGAAAACAGUGAGCGGAGUUUUGAGGAUCUGCAGCAGCGCGUUGCGAGGGCACUGGAGGUUGUCAAAUCUUUUGAUGCUACCACGGCAAAAAGCAGAGACGACGAGCUUCUUGACUUCCCCUGGGCUGGCCAGACUCACAAGAUUACUGUCAAGGCGGCGAUUCUCACCCAGGGGCUGCCAAACUUUUACUUCCAUCUGACGACGGGCUACUCAAUUCUAAGGUCCCGUGGGGUGCCACUCGGCAAGGCUGACUAUCUUGGUAACUUUUUGGCAUUGUAA